AGUCUUCUCGCGUCCGAUCCAGUCUCCUUCCGCCGUGCUACGACGUGUCCUCGACAUUGAUCACAAGGUUUUUUAAAGAAACCGACAUGUUUGAUCCUCAAGAGCGGAUCUAUGAGCGUACCGUGUUAGAAUUUCCCAACUGCUUAUCCCAUAAACUCCGGCGAUGAAAUGGAGCGUACCUCUCGAUUUUUUGAAGGAAAAUGGCGUCCGAUACGUCACAUUUGACUCUUUGGUGAUUGAAUUGCAUUGUCAAAUCCCACAGAAGAUACAGCUUGAGGAGGAGUUUUAUGAGAGAGAAUAACGUACAUUUGAUUGGGACCUUGGUUUCGAUAUGAGAAACUGCUGGAGUGAAAAGGACACAGCGGAGCGACGCAACGGAGUCACUCCUCACGUGACAACGACAUUCCCAGCGUCACUGCGGAGACACCACAGAGCAUCACUUGACCGAACUAUAUUUACUCUCUCUACAUGUACAGCACUUCGCACGUUCUUUUGGUGACAACAUCAGGAUCAUCGUGUGGUGACUUGGCGAGUGCGAGAUAGGCCUCGAAAUUCCCUGAGCGGCAAGCCACUGACCUCGACAAUGCUUUUGUUAAGGACGAGGGCUAAGGACCAGUUGAGCUGUCAAACAGAAAUUUGUGCCAUUUCGAUUCUUUUCAGAAUCUUGUGUCAAGCAACGUGUACAACAUUCUUCUAUCUGGCUGACACCUCUUGUAUUCAAAUAUUGUCUAUCUCUCCACCAUCUGUCAGGUCUUUGGAAGAUUAGUCUAAUUGAAGGUUGUACAUAGUAAAAGCUGCUACUGUGCAUGACUGUUGUGGAAUAUAAGCAGUGGUCU